AUACAGUCACCUUCUUGGAUCCUCUAGUGAGUUUUCCAAAAUGAAUGAUGCAAAUGUUGUACUCCUGGGACGCCUCCCUCAGAAUGAAGUCCCUCUUCCAGCUUUGCUCUCUAAAGACCCAAGAAGGAGGGAGUCCAAGAUGCCUGCAGCAGUGAAUAACAGGAGGGGAGGGUGUCUUGAGUAAACUGAAGUAGUGUGCCAAACUCCAGGACAAGCCCCAUGCAGCAUCUCAGUGUGGAUCCGUCCAUGGCUGCUGAGGCAUAGCAGCUUGAAGGGGUUGGAGUGUUUACAGCAGAAAGGGUUGACUUGAGGAGGGAAGAUGCGCGUUACUGCUUGGUUUCUUCUGGUGUACUGGCUUUUUGCGUACACUGAACUCUCACAGCAGUGCCGGCUGCACCACAUCUGUCCUAAAGAGGCUGAACUGGACAGGAGGUCAGCGACCCGGGUCAAGGAGCAGACUCACCACGGUUCAGGACACCAGCACAAAUCUCACAGGAGCAGGCAACAACAUCGGAGAGUUUCUUUUUCAGGCCUCAGGGUUCACGGGGAGGACAUCCCCCCCCUCAUAGUCCACCAGCCCUCUGAUGUCGUGGUGAAAGCUGGCAAUCCCGCCACGCUCUCCUGCCGUGCAGACGGCAGCCCAAAGCCCACCAUCCAGUGGCUACGCAACGCUCAGCCCCUCAGAACCAGAGAGGGAGACGGCCAGCUGCAACCCAUGGUUCUGUCAGACGGGAACCUUUUCUUUUUGAGUGUGGGAGGGGCCAGGCGUGGAUCAUCACACGAGGGCGUGUAUUCCUGCGUUGCCAGUAACAGUGCUGGGAAGGCUGUCAGCCGCAAUGCAUCACUGCACAUUGCUGCGUUACAGGACGAGUUCAGUGAACAACCUAAAGAUGUGGAGGUGGCAGAGGGCGAGCUUGCUGUUCUAAACUGUGUCCCCCCAGUGGGACAUCCAGCUCCUAACGUCAUGUGGAAGAAGGAUGGCAUACCCAUCAACAUCACAGACCAUCGCUACAUUGAGCUCAGUGGGAAGCUGAUUAUAGCCUCAGUAGAGAAGAACCACUCUGGUGCCUAUGUGUGUGUGGCCACAAACAUCAUGGGGAUGAGAGAGAGCAGGGCGGCUCGGCUGUCUGUGCUGGCAAAGCCAGUGUUGACACUGAAACCAGAAAAUGCCUCUGUCAUGGCGGGAGACUCCGCCCACUUCUACUGUCAAGCAACAGGUGAUCCUCCUCCUGCAGUGGUCUGGAGCAGAGAGGGGGGGGCUCUGCCCAAUGGCAGGUAUCUUGUGAAACCAGACCACACCCUCCAGCUCUUUUAUAUCACAGCUCAAGACGCAGGAAAGUACACGUGCACUGCAGCCAACGAUGCUGGCAAGGUCACUGCCAGCGCACAUCUUCUAGUUGAAGUGUCUGCGAACACUGAGCAAAGAGACUUCCACAAAGAGCUGUCAGCUCUGCGGGUGACUCUGGAAAACGUCACCGUCGUGGCCUCAGGGUCCAACAUAUCUUUAGUUCAAUGGGAGCCCCAGAACGUCCCAUCCCAGCCACACUACCUUGACGGCUUUGAGGUCCUCUACCGCUCUGUUCUCCCUUCCAGCUCAGACUGGGCAGCUAAAAAGGUCACCAUGCCCAAAUUCCAGACUCAAGUAGGCCCCUUGAAGAGAGGAUAUAAGUAUGAGUUUAAAGUUCGCCCCUACGGAAGCAACUUGUACGGAAGAGAAAGCAACACACAAGACCUCAGAGUCCCAGAGAUCGUACCCAGUGCACCCCCGUCGGUUGUGUCCAUGACGGUGAACCAUGACCAGAACAACACCAUCAGGUUGAGCUGGGAGCCUCCACCUCCUGAAACCCACAAUGGGAUCAUACAGGGAUACCAGGUGUGGUGUGUGGAGUCUCAAGAACAGCAAUAUCAAAACUGGACGGUGGACAGCAGCCAGAUCAGCCUCAAUGUCUCCAAUCUGAAAGCAGGAGGACAGUACUGGAUCAUCAUGGCAGCCGUCAAUGGAGCUGGAGUGGGCACGCUCAGUGACCCUCAGGAGUUUGUGAUCAACCCAAAGACACGCAGCCUCAGCGAGUCAGACAAGCAAAGCCGAGACCUGGUCCAUCUCAUGGAUCUGCUUCACAAUCCUGUGGUGAUUGGUUUCCUCAGCGCCUUCCUGUGCUGCACCCUUGUGGUCGCAGCCGUCUUCCUUUUCAGACGCCACAGCAAGACCGGCAAGCUGUUACCUGGACCAGGCAAAAUGAAGGGUGGUUGCAGACUGGCCAAUGAAGAUCUCAUCAUCAAACACAGGAUGGCAGCUCCAGAUUCUCCAUGGAUAUCUGGAAGCUGGAGACCUGCCUUCAAGCACAAGUAUCAGGAUUUAUGGGCUCAGGGUCAGAAACAGCCUGGAAUCAAGAGCACCAGUCUCCCGGACUCAUCCAAGCGCAGCAACAGCCGGGACUGCACUGUUCCCAUGGUGACAGACCGCUGUGGCGUCUACGGGACCUUUUACGUUGACCUCACAGGCAGCAGUCUCAAGACCUUCAACAGUCCGGGACGUUCUCCUAAAAUGCCUCACGGUCUGCCUCUCCAACAAGGACAGGAAAGCAUUCAGAUAUUCCCUCAGUCUCCCUCCAACUCCUCAUCUGCCAGCAGUCGGGAGUCUCUGCCGUGGAAACAGGCCAUCCGCCCUCAGCCGAGGAUGGGAGUGCUGAGGGAGUGCUGGGAGAAGAAGCCCAACAAGCAAGAGUUACAUGCAGUCAAUAGUGUUCCUGUGCUACCAUCCAGAAGUCAGGCGUGUGUCUACAAGCAACGCCUCAGCCACACACCGGGGCCCGACUGCUGUAAAGCUGCUGGCGGCUCUCGUCUGCUGCAUUGUUCUGCAUCGCUGCACUUCCUGGACAUGCUGCCCCCUCCACCCGUGGAGGACAAACACAGCCUCUCUUCAGAUGAAGGUUUCAGUCAUUCCACUAAGCUGACAGAAGAUGCAGGCUCCGUCCGGUCCGUAUGUCCUGCAUCAGGCCCUUACCAGCCAGCAGGACCGACCAGCAGCUGCCCCUCCCUCAGCCCCCGGUCAGCUGCUUCCCGCUCCAUGUCGCUGGACGAUGACGGUACUCUGACUUCCCAGGAGGCCACAGUGUAUCUAGAACUCAGUCCCAAACCAGAAAGACGGAGUGUCCUCCCAGAGCAGCGCCCCUCCCUGUCUCAGUACCAUUCCUCCGCCCUGGGCAGCAUCUGUGGGCCGGUCUGUUCCUCUCUGCUGGAGGAGAGCGCCACCGACCAGCUGGAGUUCUUACCCGCCGCUCUGCGUCACGCCCGCCUUCAGAGCUCACCGUCGUCCUGCUACAGCGAAUGGGACAGCUCCCUGUGGAACACCUGGAGCUCCGUCAUGGACAGCAACCUGGACAGCGCCCGCACCAGCCUCAUCAGCUCAGUGGACAGCUGCUACACCACGGACAGCGCCACCUUCGCCCACAUGCUGGCCAUGGCGGCCGAGAGCAGGAGUGGAGCUUCCCUGACAGACCUCUCCCCACCGGCCUCCCCCCUCAGUGCCUUGUACCCAUCGCAGUGUGGCGACAGCGACUCCUUCGGGGAGCCUGUCCCGGUGUGGGACUGGAGCGUAGCCUGGAUGGAGGAAAUGGAGGCCCAGUACAGAGCCCUGUAUCCUGCCAGGUUCCCCUCUGAGACCUAGAGGCUCUGAUGGAAAAGGAACAGAAGCUCCCUGUGAACUUCAAAAGACCUCCAGAGAGGGAGUUUGGCCACGCUGCGACACUUCACUGGUUUACAUUUAUCAACGUGUGAAAGCGGUUCUGAAAUAUUCUGCUCUGUGACAGUUUCACAUUUGAGACACUUGUGUGCACAUCUGAUCCUGAAGUUUUGGUUCACCUCAGGGCGGCCCGUCUGAUCUUCUGGUUAGUCGCCCUCUUUGGUGAUCCUCCCCUCAGGAUGCAGCUCAGUCAGACCCGUGAAACCCAAUCCUCACAUCAUGUCUCCAUUUGAUCUCCAUUUGUUAAUUUAUGGACUUUUCUUUUGGACUCCGGUCCCAGCAGGUUUUGUGGUUUUGUAUCAGUCAAAUAUAAUAUAUAUGCAACACAUUCAAGAAAUGUUAUUUAAUGACUUUUUAGAAGAUGUUCCAAAUUCUUGUCUGUCCUCCGUUCUCAUUUGAAGGGUAAUGUUUACAUUUUAUACAUUUUUCGUUAGUACAGGAUUAUUUUACACUAACAUUUUUUAAUAUUUUAAUUAUUCUGUAGUUAGAAUAUAUAUAUAUAUAUUAAAGCUGGAAAUUUUAACCUUCAAAUAUUUACAUUUUGAUUGAUUUGUUGAUAACUUCUGUAUUUUUUUUUCUUAUAGUUAAAUUAAAAUUUCCUAAGAUUAUGAAAUGUCCUUUGGGUACAUUAAACCUGGUUAUUAAGUAUGAAAUAAGAACAAAUGUGACUUGUUAAGUUAUAAAUUGCAAACACAAAGAUGUGUAUGAUGUUUAAAAAGUUUAUUUUAACUCUGUUUUUUUUUUUUUUAUCUGAGUUUAAAUAUAAUUCAGUGGACGUUUUCAACAUCUGGCGUUUAUUCAUUAUUUCAUUCAUUAUUUCUGCACCACUUCCACCAAAAUGUCCCAAACAUGCUGCGGCAUGACUCUGACCUGCUCAGACAGAUUCCCCUGCAGACUCUAUAAGCUCAAACAGGUAACAGGAAGUAGCUAAUUUAGCACUGAAACAAAAAUGGUUUAGGCUUUUGAUUAAUUUAGUCUCAUCUUUUAUUUUUCUUGACAAAAUACAUGGUAAAUUCCAGCUCCAUAUUCUUCAUUUUGAUCAUUUGCUGCCCAUCUUUAAUAGUGCUGGACUGUUCUGAGUGUGAGUGAACCAUUGACGGCUCAAAGUAAUCCUCCCUGACUGACCCCACCACACGCUGCAGGAGCAGCAAGCUAACGUUCAACUCGGGCAGAUUCAUCGGUUAGAAUUGAUCUUAGCUUGACAGAUCAGCAAUCGAUCCAUAAAAAUAGAGAUCGAUCUAGCGGAUAAUGCUAAAGUCUGCUGGCUUGAUGCUAACGUUUAACAGGAUUUCCCAUAGGACGGCU